UCUUCAAUCAAAUAAAAUAAAUACAAAUAUGAGUAAGAAGAUUCAAGCUCAUUAAGUUUGUUUUUCAAUGCAGAACAGAUAAACUGCUCGAUUAGUUAUAUAUGAAAUGCAUGUAUAAUCGAUAGCUGUCAAAUAGAUAAAUCGAUAAAGUAACUUAAAUAAACUUGUCUUCGCAGUAAUUUGCAACAUUUCCGAGUGACAGUCAUAAUUGUAAAGUCUGUUGAAUAUUUGUCUGAUUUUAAUUUCGAGAAUUGAUUUAAUGAGGAGGAAUUUGAAUACAUCAUGGAUGAAGAUGUAGAAAAAUCAUCAUAUCAGAGAAAAGUUAGAUUGCGACUUCAAGCUAUUGAAGGAGUGGAAAAUGCAAGAUUGUAUGAGCAACAACUUAAUUACAGUAAUGAAAGCACUUCCGAAGAAUCAGAAUAUGUUGAAGAUAAUCUAUUAUCUAUGGAUAAAGCCGUAGAAGAAACAUCAUAUCAGAAAAGAGUCAGUAUGGACCAAUCUGAAUACGAUCAAUUUACUGAUGAUGAAGAUGUAGAAUCAUCCUCUCAGAGAAAAGUUCGAGAGGGAGAGAAAGCUGAACUAAAGGCAAAACGUCAACUUCAAGCUGAAGAAAUGGAAAAUGACAUAUUUCAUCAUCAUCAUCAUUAUUCAGAAAAUUAUGAAAAUACUAUUGAGGAAUCACAAUUUAGCGGAAACGAAAUGCAAAAUGUACAAUAUAGUAAAAUGGAACAAUCUCAAUAUGAUGAAUAUGAAGUUGAUGAAUUCAAGAAAGAAAAUAAUACAGAAAACACUUUUGAGAAAUCCGAAUAUAAUGUUGAAAAUAAAUUAGAAUAUACUCAAGAAGAAACAUCAUAUCAGAGAAAAGCAAGGCGCAAGUUGAAAAAGCAAGAGGAACGAAUGAAAAUGUGCAGGCUUCAGGAAAUGGAGGAGCAACAACUUAGCGAAACGGUAGAAUCACAAUAUUAUAAUAUGGAGCAAUCGCAGAAUAAUGCGAUUCGAACCAUGCAACCAUCAACAUAUGGCCAUUUUGAUAUCAAAGAAGAAGGCGAAGAAGGAAAAGAGGCAACAUACAAUAAAACACAUAAACGCAAGAAAAAAUCCAAGAAGAAAAAGAAGAACUUCGAAGAAGGAUCAGAAUCUAAUGAAGACACUAUGAAAGAAGGUUAUCAAAUACAAUCCAAGUAA